AGCAAUGGGUGAAAUCACUUUGGAAGAUGCCUGUGCUGAUUGAGAUGUUGGAUAACUCCAGUUCUUCCUUCUGCUCUUCUCCAAGAGCAGAGAUCUGCUGGAUUUGCACGUGGUUUAGAGGGAAGCUCUACCUCUGGCACUUUUAUUUCUGAUGACGUUAAUAGCAUUCAUUCUCUUGCAGUCCCACUUCUAUCUUGCAGUGACACCCUGGAUGACAUGAAGGAAUAUCCUUUUCUUUCUGCUUACCCAGCUGUGAGGUGGGGACAGAUGAGAGGCACUGCAUGGCCCUGUGGGUGCAGCUGCGUCCCGAUGCCUUCAGCACACACAGGUGGGCUUGUCCUGUGUCAGCUGGAGAGAAUAAACCAGGAGAGCCCAUGUUUGGGUUUGGGAUUAACUGGGUUUCUUGUAAAUAGUCAGCAGAGGUCACUGCCUGCUGGUAGUGACUAAACAAGGCCCAGCUUGCUGUGGUUUAGAGAACCAAAUCUGCUCUUUUGCAUUUUGGCUGGGGCUUAGGCAGGCUUUGGGAAGGUAAUGUUUCCCUCUGGGGCUGAGGAUGGGAGAUGGUUGGGUUUUUGUGGGGUUUUUUUGUUUGUUUUUGCCAAAAGAAAUCUUUGCUCUGGCAGAACCAGCCAUGAGAAAUGCAACCCGGGGAGAAAAGGGCACUGUUGAAUUUGUGAUAGCAAUUGAAGCUGAAGUGAAAAUGCACGAAGUGCAAAAGGAGCAAAUGGUUGUGGCCUCUGCCAACGCUGUUGGUGGAGAACAGUAGGAAUUGUGUGCAGCAUCAGUGGAGGGGCUGAGCCCAGAGUGCUGCUGAACUGAGUGAGGAAACCCUGUGGGCAUUGCCAUAAAGCUUUCAGGUAAGAACUGCAGUGCCCAGAGGGAUGCCAUCAUCUUGAGGACACGCAUGGGCAUUGUGCAGGGACCAGCUCUGGAUGCCUGCACCCCCAGACUGUUUCGACUGGCAGCUUUGCACACAAAGCAAACAAUUUCAACAUCUGCUUGGGUCGCAUUCAAUUUUCUAGCGUUUUGUUUCGUAGGUUGGGUAAACAUCUUCUUUCUUGCUAGGAGGAGUUAAUCAUUGAUAGGCAAAUUGGCACGGGUCUGGUCCCUGCAGAGCAUGCAGCUGGCUAUGUUGCAGCCAUUUCUGAGCGUGUGGGUGGAUCAGAACCCCUCCUUCAGCACAGCAGGGCUGUGUCAGUGCCUUUGGAUGCACCCAUCGCUGCCUGCAGAGCCCAGACUGGUGCCGUCCUCUGCAGAGCCCAGAUAUUUGGCCUGCAAAAAGAAUGCUGUGACUUCUGCAACGUGGUCAGGAUGAUGAUGGUGCCAGCUCUGGUGUCAGUGGGAGCAAGGGGCCGUGCUGCCGUCCUGGUGCUGCUCCUCACUGCUGCCCUGGUGGUGGGCACCCAGGGUGCUUGCGGUGCUCCGCCACGGUUCUCAUUUGCAGAACUGAAGGAGGACUACCUGCACAACAGGACUUUUUCCACCUCUGAAGUGGUGGAAUACAGAUGUCGGCCAGGCUACGUGAGGAAUUACAGAGCCCGGAACACUUACAUCUGUGAAAAGAACAGCUGGAAAGGAUUGAACAACUUCUGCUUACCAAAGCCCUGCAGUUACCCUGGAGAGCCAACCAAUGGCAGGCUUGUGGAAGUACAGCAGUUCACCUUUGGGUCCACAGCAAACUACAGCUGUGACACUGGGUACAGACUGGUUGGAAAUUCCCAGAUUAGGUGUGUGAUUAAUAAUGGGCAUGUUACUUGGGAUGGAAAUCCUCCCAUCUGUGAACCAAUUCCAUGUUUGCCCCCUCCAAAAAUAGCGAAUGGAGAUCACAACAGAGGUGACGUCGCGCUCUUCACUUACGGAGCUUCUGUCACCUACCACUGCCACACUGACAGCAGGGGGAGGAAGCAGUUCUCCAUGGUGGGGGAUGCCUCUAUUUUCUGUACAACCAAUGACAACGUGAAUGGUGUCUGGAACAAGCCAGCCCCGGAGUGCAAAGUGGUGAGCUGCAGGCAGCCCCAGGUGGAGCACGGCAGGCUGCAGAGCAGGUACAGAGCUGAGUAUGCCUAUGGUGACACCGUCAUCUUCGACUGUGAAUUCCGUUAUGUGCUGCUGGGCAGUGACACAGCCAUGUGCCAGGAGGAUGGCAGCUGGGAUCCACCACUACCACAAUGCCAGCGCAGCAGCUGUGAUGACCCUCCUGACGUGCAGAAUGCUGUUAAAGCAAGACUUGCAGGCAAUUUAUUUCCCAUUGAGACUGUCAUCACUUAUGAGUGCCAGACGGGCUAUGAGUUCAGCCCUGGAGUGGUGAUGCAAAACAUCAGUUGUCUGCCAGACUACACAUGGACUGAAACUCCACCGCCCUGUGAAAGAAUUAGUUGCCCGAAUCCAGCUACCAAGAGGGGAAUGCACAUAAGCUCCUGGGGCAAAAAAGACACGUAUGUGUUGGGAGACAGAGUCCGAAUUAUCUGUGACCCUGGCUAUGUUUUCAAGGAUAGUGAUGAUUAUGUUGUGCUUCAGUGUACAAAUGAUGGCACAUGGAACCGGGAAGCACCAGAGUGCAUUCCAGAACCUCAUUGCCCAGAGCCUAUCGUUGACCACGGAAGAGAGGUUUAUAAAAGCAAAAAUGAUUACACAGUUGGGACUCAAGUAAGGAUAGAGUGUGAUGAAGGCUACGUGAUCAGUAUCCAAGAGUCGAUCACGUGCCAGGCUGAUGGGAACUGGUUUCCCAAGUUACCCUACUGCCAGCAAGCCUGCGGCCCUCCCCCACAAACCACCCAUGGGCUGGACGUCAACCCAACAUCAUCAUUCUUCCCCUAUGGCUACAGAAUGAAAUACAGUUGUGCUGCGGGGCUGUCCCUCAUUGGGGAUGAAUCCAUCUACUGCACCUCUGAAGAUGGAGUGAACCUGGAAUGGAGUGGCCCUGCCCCAGAGUGCAGGGUGGUUCGCUGCCCCAAGCCCGUGGUUGAGAAUGGAGAGAUGGUUACACCACAGCACACAUUCUCCUAUGGGACAUCCGUGAGCUUCUACUGCAAGAAAGGCUUUACACUGCAUGGCAAUGCUGAGAGCCGCUGCAUGGCUGAUGGCAGCUGGCAGCCAGCCCUACCCAAAUGCCAGCCAGUCAAGUGUCGUGCACCAAAGAACAAGGAAAACCUACAGAUUUUCUCUGACAGGGAAGAGUACGAGUUUAAUGAAACCCUGUACUUCUCCUGCAAGCAGAGCAACAAUCCAGCAGAGAUGUCAUUAACCACCUGCUCUGCUGGUGGCUCUUGGAUGCCACCACCCAACUGUAAAACACUUCAUGCGUGCAAGAAGAUUCGUCAAAUCCAGGAAACUUUUGAGUGCGGAAUUCCUCUGGCAGAACUGAGAACUUUGCUGGAAGUACAGAAACUCUACCUGGAGAUCCAGAAGCUGGAGAAGGAUCUGGGAGCCAGAGGAGGCCGCUCAUGGCUGUACUUUUGCAGUCCUGUGGCACGGCUGCUGCUCGCCAUGCAGCUGCUCCUGCACUGGAUGGGGCCAUUGCUGGUACUGCUGGUGCUGCAGCCAGUGGGGAGCCUAGAGGUGCAGUGCCCGGUCCCAACGAUCCCUCAUGGGUGGCUGAAUCCUGCAGAGAAGAACCUCAGUGCUGGGAGCACAGCCACGCUUGAAUGUGAGGCUGGCUACGUCCCUGUGGGCAGCAGCAGCGUGAGGUGUCUGAGCAGUGGCAGAUUGCAGCCACGGACACCAGCAUGCAUCCGAGGCCGUUGUCCUUCCCCUCCUGCUGUUGACUACGCCGACCGCAGACCUCCAUACGAGUUCCUGGUGGGUUCCACCAUCACCUACUUCUGCAGACAUGGGUACACGUUGAUCCCCGGCGUGUCUCCAACAACAACUUGUCUCAAAAAUUUCACCUGGUCUGCGAUCCCAGCGCUUUGCCAGAUGGUGCAGUGCCCGAGCCCAGCCAUCAUCAACGGGAGGGAGACGAGUGCAAAGCAAGAGAAGUACAGCGUUGGGCAGCAGGUGGAGUUCCAAUGCAACCCAGGCUACGUGCUGUGGGGCAGCCAGAGGACUCAAUGCUGGUCGGAUGGGACGUGGAAACCCUCAGUGCCGUACUGCGAUAAAGUCUGUACCCCCCCUCCGCUGAUCACCAACGGGCAGCACACCGGCUUGAGAACAGAACUUUUUCCCUACGGUACGGAGGUGAAAUACAGCUGUGCUUCAGGGCUGUCCCUCAUUGGGGAUGAGUCCAUCUAUUGCACCUCUGAAGAUGGGGUGAACCUGACAUGGAGCGGCCCUGCCCCGGAGUGCAGGGUGGUUCGCUGCCCCAGGCCCGUGGUUGCCCAGGGGAGGAUGGAUCUGUCAUGGCACACGUUCCCCUAUGGGACGUCCGUGCGCUUCUCCUGCAAUGAGGGCUUUGUGCUGCACGGCGAUGCUGAGAGUCGCUGCACGGCUGAUGGCAGCUGGCAGCCAGCCCUGCCCAAAUGCCAGCCAGUUCUGUGUCCCAAACCACGAGUUGCCAAUGGAAAGCUGACAAGCACUGAUCAGACGUGGUACCCAAUAAACACCACAGUCACAUUUGUGUGCCACGAGGGAUACCGUCACUUCUCAGUUGAUGGAGAAGCCUCUUGGACAGCCACGUGCUUGGCUGAUGGCAACUGGACACCACUGCCCAAGUGUAAGAAGGAAGGUGAUGCUGACGUGUGCGGAGAGGUUGCUUAUAUUCAGAGUGUCGUCUCUGACUGCCACGUGCCUACAGAAGAUGUGAAAACUCUGCUGGAAAUACAAAAACUCUUCCUGGAGAUUCAAAAACUGAAAGUGGAAUUGCAAGGACUGAGCAAGGAGGUCCUGGAGCACAUCCUGCAUUGUGCCUGUGGGCCCCCGCCUCCCAUGACCCACUCCCAGCCCUACGGCGUCGAGCAGCUCAGCAGCUUCCCUGUGGGCUCCAGGGUGACCUACACGUGUCUGCACGGUGCUAUCAGGAUCCCCGGGGCAUUGGACACGGUGCAGUGCCUGCCUGGCUCAUACUGGUCGGAGCUGCGCGAUCCCUGUGGCUUGAGCUGCGCUACCCCGACCUCAAUGCACUUUGCUGCCCUGUCCGAGGUGGAUGAGAUGAUCAAUUUCUAUCCUGUUGGGUUCACUGUGAGCUACGUCUGCCGCCCUGGUUAUGAGAACAUCUCAGAAAGCCAACCUACCAGCACCUGCCUUGAGAGCCUGACGUGGUCAGAGGUCCCGGAGUUAUGCCAGAUAAUCACCUGCUCUUCACCUCCUCGGAUCAGCAACGGGAGGCACAAUGGUGAAGGUGUAGAAAAGUUUGCUUACAACUCAACAGUGACCUACAGCUGUGACUCUGGCUUCCAGCUCAUUGGGAAUGUGAGCAUCCGUUGUUCCCAGAGACGUGACCUCAAACCACCCAAGAAGACUUUCACAAUGGAAAUGAAAAUGAGCCUCUAUAAGAAGUCACUCCAAAACACCAACUCCUUCUCCUCCUCUUCUUCGUUCUCCAGGAAGCCAGAGAGCCGCCCAGCCUCAAGAGGGAGGAUGAAGGCAAAACACCGCUGCUCCGAUUCCGAGGGCGGCUCCGCUUCUUUCGCUGCGGGCCGGGCGGGGCCGGGACUGGAGGAUUUCCCCAAAUGCCCGCUGGCCGCGAUGGGCUCCGCUCCGUCCCGCUCGCUGCUGCUGUCCCUGCUGUCGCUAUUGCCAGCGGUGUGCGGUGACUGUGGGCCGCUGCCCAAGCUCAGCAGGGCAGAACCCCCCGAGGACGUCCGGCACAAGGACAGCUUCCCUGUGGGCUCCCAAGUAACGUACAGAUGCCUCCAGAAUUUAUCGAAAAUCCCUUCGCGGUUGGAUACAAUAAAAUGCCUUAAUAACUCCCUAUGGUCCAACCUGCAGGAGUUCUGCGACCGCAGCUGCCAGAGCCCUCCCCAAGUGGCUUUUGCCAAACUAUCAGAAGAAGAUGAGAUGAAGAAUUUUUAUGCUGUUGGGAUCACUGUGAGCUACGACUGCAGCCCAGGCUAUGAGAACAGCACUGCUGAACUCCCCAGCAGCACCUGCCGUGAGAAUUCAACGUGGUCAGAAGUUCCUGAGCUGUGUCACACUUCUCCCUCUGCAACUGGCACUACAGCAGUGACAAACUCAACCCCUCAUUUGGAAGAGAAGGCAUCGGAGAGCCGCUACAUCCUACGCCGAGGCAAUCGGUCUCCAGGCGGGUGGCUGCCGCUGCGUCGCGCUGUUGGAGGCGCAGCAGCUGGGAAGGGCGGUGAUGGAGAUGGUGGUGGUGGAGGAAAGCCCGUGGCUGUGGGCACGGGGGGGGUGGAGAUGGAGGCACCGAGCCGCACAGCCCUCGCUGUGAUUCAGCCGGAGCCGUGCUGUAAGGAGCCGUGCUGUAAGGAGCCGUGCUGCCGGGCUGCUCGCAGCAUCGCCGCACAACUGUCGGAGCAUCCAGGGAUGGCCGUGGGAACGGCGCUGCUGCGGCUCGGCGCUGCGCUGCUGGCGCUGCCCGGAGCGUGCGGUGAUUGCCCGGAACCGCCGAGGUUCGUUUUUGCGGAGCCCCCCGGUCCUACCAACGCUUCGUACCCCGUUGGGGAGGUGCUGAAGUACCGCUGCCGCCCAGGGUACACGAGAGACGUGAGCAAGUCCAACCGCGUCACCUGCCUGCCCAACUCCACCUGGGCGUCAGAAGCCGACUUCUGCAUCGGAAAGUCGUGUGAACUGCCAGAAAUACCGAAUGGUGACUUCCACUUCAGCACCAACCUCCAGUUUGGAGCUACAGUAAACUUCACCUGCAGGGCUGGGUACCGUCUGGUUGGGAAUCCGACGGCGCAAUGCAUUCUGAGUGGCAGUGAUGUCACUUGGGAUCACGUUCCACACUGUGAAGUUAUUCCCUGUCAGUCACCUCCUGCCAUUGAGAACGGACAGUUCAGUGGUGUGCACACAGAUUACACCUUUGGGGUAGCUGUAACCUACAGCUGCAAAAAUGGGUUUUCUCUCAUUGGAAACGCCACAAUUCACUGUACAGCAGAUGAUAACCUCAAUGGGAGAUGGAGUGGUCCAGCCCCGGAAUGCAAAGUGGUGAGAUGUGAAAAGCCAGAAGUGGAAAAUGGGAAGAAUUUAAACAGCUUUGCCACUGAGUACACGUAUGGAGAACAAGUGAGCUUUGAGUGUGCUCCUGGGCACGCUUUGAGUGGCGCUCAGACGGUUACCUGUGAUGCAGACAGUGCCUGGAAGCCACCUCUGCCAACGUGUGACCCACGAUACUGUGGCCCUCCUCCCAACAUCCCUUCUGCUGAGUUAACAGGGGCUGCAAACAGCAGCUCCUUGGCUGGAACGAAGCUGACAUACUGGUGUCAGCCAGGUUUCACCACAGAGAAUGGGAAGUCCCUGGAAGUCACCUGUCUGCUGGAUGCCACCUGGUCUGCAGGCUCUGCGCUGUGCACACGUCAGCAAUGCACUGCUCCCACAAUACAGAACGGGAUUGUGAAUGAGGACAGUUUCCUGUUUGAGGCAACUGUGACCUUUUCCUGCAACGCUGAGUAUGAAUUAAAGGGAUCAUCUUCUGCCAAAUGUGUGGCAGUGGGAAAUGGAGUUGAAUGGGACGUGGAUCUCCCAUCCUGUGAAAGACGGCGCUCUGAUAUUCUCUGUGAACAGCCCCCCAGCAUCGGCAAUGGGAUUCACAAUGGCACAGAGGUCACAGCCUUCCCCCAGGGCUCCGUUGUGGUUUAUUCCUGCAAUGAUGGCUUCGUCCUGGUUGGAGGCAGCACCAUUCAGUGCCUGGCGAAGGCUCAGGAUCGUGGAGUCUGGAGCACACCCCCUCCUGAGUGCAGAGAUGGAGCGAGCAGCAUCAUUGUUGGCAUGGGGAACCAGGACCCCCAUAUCUGCAUCGCGUCCCCUGGGAUCUGCAGUCAGCACUGGGACCAGAGCAUGGUGCUCACCUUCACCCUCAGCAUCCUGGGCUGCUCCGCUCUGCUCCUGGCUGCUGUGAGUGGGCAGCAAGUCAGACAGCGCCGAUGCGCAGUGCCACACAUUGAGAAUGGGAGGAGCACUCCUUUUCGCUACAUCUACCGGCCUGGGGACACAGUAAGAUUCGCCUGCAACACGGGCUACACCUUGCAAGGCUCCUUCACGAGUAUCUGCCAAGCUGACUUCAGCUGGAGCCCACCUUUGCCGGCAUGCAAAAAGGAGGUGAUGUGUUCUCAGGCCCCGAACAUCGCCAAUGGGCGGCACAGCGGCCAAUCCACGAACAAAUUUCUCCCAGGAGCAAUCGUGUACUACAGCUGCAAGGAUGGCUUCCAGCUGGUGGGGAACGUCUCCAUCAGCUGCUCAGAAGUCGGGCGCUGGAGCCGGCCCCUGCCCCGCUGCCAAGCCAUCGGCUGUCAGAGUCCCACAGUGCGCAACGGGAAGGUGCAGGCAUUGAAGGGCACCUUCGAGGCUGGGGAGACGCUGCGGUUUGACUGCGAUGCUGGGUAUGCUGCAGAGGGCGGCCAUUGGGCUCGGUGCCAGCCUGGGGGGAGCUGGGACCCACCGGUGCUCAGCUGUGAGCGGGUUCAGCCGUGCCCCACGCCUCCAAAGAUCAGCAAUGGAGAUCAUGAUGGCCAUGGUAAAGCAGAGUUCACCAUGGGGAUGUACGUGACGUACACUUGUAAUCUCGGCUACUACUUGGCUGGGAACGUUGAACGUGUCUUCUGCAAAGCAUCGGGGAAAUGGAGCCAGCCCAGCCCACACUGUGAAGAAGUGACGUGUCCUCAGCCCCCGAACAUCGCCAAUGGGCGGCACAGCAGCCGCUCCUCUGCCAGGUUCCCACAUGGCACCGUUGUGUACUACAGCUGCAAGGAUGGCUUCGAGCUGGUGGGGAACGUCUCCAUCAGCUGCUCAGAAGUCGGGCGCUGGAGCCGGCCCCUGCCCCGCUGCCAAGCCAUCGGCUGUCAGAGUCCCACAGUGCACAACGGGAAGGUGCAGGCAUUGAAGGGCACCUUUGAGGCUGGGGAGACGCUGCGGUUUGACUGCGAUGCUGGGUAUGCUGCAGAGGGCGGCCAUUGGGCUCGGUGCCAGCCUGGGGGGAGCUGGGACCCACCGGUGCUCAGCUGUGAGCGGGUUCAGCCGUGCCCCAUGCCUCCAAAGAUCAGCAAUGGAGAUCACAACCGGCACGGUGAAGGCUUUUUCACCACAGGAAUGUCUGUGUCGUACACCUGUGAUCCCAGCUUCUACCUGGUUGGGAAUGCACAUGUGGUUUGCAGAGCAUCAGGGACCUGGAGCCAGCCCAGCCCACGCUGUGAAGCAACCGUCUGCUUAAAGCCAGAUAUACAGGAUGGGUGGGUAGUUGAUGAUCACGGACUCAUCUAUGCACCGGGGCAAAUGGUGACGUUUCAGUGCCAGGAAGGCUACAGCUUGCGGGGCAGUGCCCAAGCCCUGUGCCAGAAGAAUGGCAGCUGGGACCCCCCAGCGCCCCUCUGUGAUCCACUCCACAGCUCCGUGCUGCCCAGAAGGGCUGAGAGCUCAGGUGGCUGUGGGCUUCCCACCAGGCUGACCUUUGCUGAGCUCAAUGAGGAGCACAGAAAUGAGAUUGAUUUCUCUGUUGGGAAGACUGUGGGAUACACUUGUCGGCCCGGAUUUGCUAAGCACCCAGGAAUGUCACCCACUAUUACAUGCCUGCAGAGCGGAGUGUGGUCAGAAGCACUCGAGUUCUGGAAACAAUGCAAUCACCCCGGGGAACCCGAGAAUGGCCGGAUUACAGCCCUGGCAGACCUCUUCUUUGGGUCAAUAGUGGUCUACAGCUGUGAAGAAGGGCACAGGCUGAUUGGGAAGUCCAGCCGGCGAUGUGAGAUCCAUGGGGGACGCGUUGCGUGGUCCGGUGACAUUCCCACCUGCCAGCGUAUCCCCUGUGUGCCCCCCCCCAACAUUCCCCAUGGGAAGCACACGGGGCGGCUGCUGGAUGAGUUCCACUAUGGCACCUCGGUCACCUACAGCUGCGAGCCCGGUUACCCAAUGCACGGGAAUGCUUCCAUCUUCUGCACCACCCAAGAUGGGAAAAACGGGGUGUGGAGUGGACCCCCCCCACUGUGUGGAGAAGCAGGAUGCUCUGCCCCGCAGAUCCAGAAUGGGAGGAUAGUGCCAGCUCCUCGGAGCAUCUACGCACACAAGGACAAUGUCACCUUCGAGUGCGAGCCAGGCUAUGUCAUCCGUGGCCCCAGGGUGGUGCAGUGUCAGCAGAACAGCACCUGGCAGCCCCCAGUGCCCAUCUGCGAGCAGGCUGGCUGCAGGGCACCCCCCAGGUUGCUGUUCGCAGAGCUGAAGGAGCCCUACAGGAACCAGACUGCCUUUCCUGUGGGUGGGACUGUGGAGUACAUGUGCCAGCCCGGCUAUGCCUGGCACGUGGGGAUGUCACCAACCAUCACGUGCCUCGGGAAUCAGAGCUGGUCUGUGGCACUGGAGUUCUGCAAAAGGAAGCAAUGUGCAAACCCUGAUGACCCACGGAAUGGCAGAGCCAUGGUCCUGACUGAUCUCCUCCUUGGGUCCAAAGUGAAUUACACGUGUGACGAGGGAUACAAGCUGAUCGGGCGUUCGCAGAGGACAUGCGAGGUGUCUGGCACACGCGUUGCAUGGAGCGGGGAUGCUCCCACCUGCCAUCGUAUUGUCUGUGACCCACCCCCAGACAUCCCACAUGGGACACACAGUGGGGGAUCGAUGGAUGCCUUCCCCUACGCGGCCGUGGUCACCUACACGUGUGAGCCAGGCCGUGUUUUGGCUGGGACAGCCUCCAUCUUCUGCACCACCAUGGAUGGGGAGCGCGGUGCAUGGAGCGGGCCGCCGCCGCGCUGCGGAGAUGUGCAGUGUCCUCCCCCUCCAAGCAUCGCCAAUGGGAAGCACAGCAGCCAGCCCUCGGACACGUUCCUGCCCGGUGUGGCCGUUCAGUACAGCUGUAAGGAUGGCUAUUUGCUCACUGGGAAUGCAUCCAUCACCUGCACUGCUGCAGGAACCUGGAGCCAGCCCCGGCCACGCUGUGAAGCAAUAGGCUGCAGAAGACCUGAGAUUGAGAAUGGAAGAGUGACUGGGCCAGAGUCCGUCUAUAUGCCCGAGGCCAUCGCUGUCUUUGAAUGCAAUUUUGGUUACGCCUUAAAGGGCUCUCAUGAGUCUCAAUGCCAGUUUGGGGGCACAUGGGAUCCUCCUGUUCCUACCUGUGAAAAGAUGCUGCAGUGUCCUUCCCCUCCAAAUAUCACACACGGUCAGUACAGUAGUGAGGAUGUGAAAAUGUUUGUCCCCGGAACCUCUGUGAGGUACAGAUGUGACCCGGGGUACGUCCUCACGGGGAAAACAGCAGUGACUUGUUUGACAUCUGGAAUGUGGAGCAUCCCUUACCCGCGGUGCGAAGUGGUCACCUGCAUGAGCCCUAGCAUUAAGCACGGAGAAGUGGCUGAAGGGCAGCAAGCUGUCUACCGGCCCGGGACCAUCAUCACCAUCCGGUGCCACCCGGGCUACAUGCUGCGGGGCAGCCAGGAGCCCAAGUGCCAUUCCGAUGGCCGCUGGGUCCCCUUUAUCCCCAGCUGCGAGCCAGCGCUGCCUUGCCCUCCACCACCCACCAUUGCCCAUGGCAUACACGAUGCUGAGCUCGAGACCAACUUCACCAGUGGAAUGUCUGUGAACUACAGCUGCCAGCCCGGCUUCUCCCUGCUUGGAGACCCCUCUGUCCGGUGCCUGGAAGGGAGCUGGAGCCUCCCAUACCCACGCUGUGCAGUUGGAUGUGGGACACCGACACUGUUACAGUUUGCUGAGCUAAACAAGGAGUAUAAGAAUUGGACUGAGUUUCCAGUUGGGACCACAGUGAAAUACACCUGCCAGCCAGGAUACGCCAGACAUUCACAGAUACCACCCACUAUUACGUGCCUUGAAAAUCAGACGUGGUCUGAAGCUAAGAAGUUUUGCAGACGGAGAAGGUGUGAUCAUCCAGGAGAACCAGAAAACGGCAGAGUUAUUGUUAUAACAGAUCUCCUCUUUGGAUCAACUGUGAAUUACACUUGCGAUGAAGGGUACAGACUAGUUGGAGCUUCUCAGCGACACUGCGUGAUUUCAGGCUCUGGGACGCGAGUGACGUGGACUGGGGCUGUUCCUGUCUGCCAGAGUAUCGUUUGUGACCCACCUCCCAACAUCCCGCACGGAACACACAGCGGGCACCUGAUGGAUGCCUUUCCCUAUGCAGCUGUGGUCACAUACAUGUGUGAGCCUGGCCACGUGCUGGCUGGGACAGCCUCCAUCUUUUGCACCACAGUGGAUGGGGAGCGCGGUGCCUGGAGCGGACCAGCACCACACUGUGGAGGGCAGCUGUGUCCUUCCCCACCAGUGAUUGACCAUGGCCAGCAUGAUGGCAUGGACGUGGAGUUUAUCCCUGGAAUGUCUGUAAAUUACAGCUGUGACCCUGGCUAUUCUCUUACUGGACCAGCAGCUCUGUACUGCACUGGCAAUGCAAGCUGGAGCAGCCCUCAGCCCCGCUGUGAAGUGUUACAGUGUCCUUCACCUCCAAAUAUUGACGGAGGUAAUCAUGACAGCCAGGAUGUGGAAGUUUUCCUUCCUGGAAUGGCUGUGAACUACAGCUGUGAUCCUGGCUACAGCCUGCUGGGGGAGGCAUCCAUUUACUGCACCGAGUCUGGAAACUGGAGCCUGCCCGCUCCUCAUUGUGAAGGUAGCUGCGGUGUUCCUCCAACACUCAGCUAUGCUGAGCUGGCCAAGGAGCACCAGAACAUGACAGCCUUUCCCGCUGGGAGCACGGUGCGCUACGCCUGCCGCCCAGGAUUCAUGAGACACCCCACAGUGCUGCCAGUUCUGACGUGCCUCAAAAACCACACGUGGUCUGAUGUGCGAGCGUUCUGCAAAAGGAAAGAAUGCAAUUAUCCUGAAGCACCACAGAAUGGCAGAGUUGUUGUUCUGACAGAUCUCCUGUUCAGGUCCAUCGUGAACUACACGUGUGAAGAAGGGUACCGGCUGGUUGGUCAGUCCCUGCGGCGCUGUGAGCUUUCUGGAGCAGAUAUUGCAUGGAGUGGUGAUCCUCCCACUUGUCAGAAGGUAGUUUGUCCAGUGCCACAGAUCCAGAAUGGGAGAGUAUCCACUCCCAAACAGCGCUACAGAUACAAGGAUACUGUCAGCUUUCAGUGCCACGAAGGGUUCGUGCUGAAAGGGCAUCCCACAGCCCAGUGCAAAGCUGACAAAACAUGGGAUCCUCCCGUGCCCAUCUGUGAGCAGGUGGUAAAGUGUCCAUCUCCCCCAAGCAUCAUCAAUGGGGAACACAGUAGACUCUCAGAGACUUUUGGCGUAGGUGCAAUCGUGCAUUACCACUGCAAACCUGGCUUCUUCCUCAUUGGCAAUAAGUCCAUCCUCUGCACACCGCAUGGGGUCUGGAGCCGUCCCCUACCUCGGUGUGAGGCUGGCUGUGUGAGCCCAGGAGUUGGGCAUGGAAAAGCUAUUGGAUCAGAAUCUCUCUACGUGCCUGGAGAUAUCAUCACAAUUGAAUGCAACUCUGAUAAUAUCUCAGAAGUCCUCCACAAGUCCCAGUGCCAAUCUGGGGGCACAUGGUUUCCUCCACUCCCUGCCUGUGACCGAGUGCUGCACUGUUCCAAGCCCCCAGAUAUUCUCCACGGGGGUCACAGUGGCCUGGGAAAAGCAGUUUUCCCUCCUGGAACAUCUGUGAACUACAGCUGUGAGAUUGGCUUCUCCCUCAUUGGGAUGGCAUCCAUUUACUGUACAGAGUCUGGAGCCUGGAGCCAUCCUUCUCCUGUCUGCCAAGUCGUGAAGUGCCUCCACCCUCCUGCUAUCACCAAUGGGAAGCUCCAAGGCAACACUUCAGACACUUUUUUCUAUGGAGCAUCUGUGUCCUACAGCUGUGAUUCUGGCUAUUCACUCAGUGGGGAUGCUUUCAUCACCUGCACAGCGUCAGGAACCUGGAGCCAUCCUCCUCCUCAAUGCAAAGAGAUCAGUUGUGUAUUCCCAGAAGUUCAAGGUGUUAAGAAAACCACAUCUGGAAGAACGUACAGAAUUGGGACUAACAUCACUCUUGAAUGUGAUGAUGGGUACACAUUGGAAGGCCUCAGUCAGAUUCAGUGCCAGGAGGACUUCAGCUGGGACCCUCCUGUGCCAGCCUGUAAACUCACUUCACCCAGGUCUGGUUCAGUAGGGCUAGGAAUUGCAGCUGCAGUCGUUCUGCUUCUCCUGGGUGUGACCAUCGGCUGGAAAAUUAUCUCUAAGCAGAAGGAAGGCUUCUACCGCACGUAUGAAAACGACAACCACAAAACCUCUCUGGAUUAGAUGGCAGAACAGAAAUGUUUACAUCUUGCAUGGCAGGCUGAGCCCGGUGCUGCCCAUAACCGGCAUUCGAGGCGUUCCCCCAUGUUGGGACUGAACCAAGAAAGCACUUCAACCCAAAUCAACCUUCAUGCUCCUCCUGCUCCAUUCAUUAAAGCACUGUAA